GGUGCGAGCGACGCUCAAAUUCUUCGUCGUUCUGGAACAAUCUUUGCGACGUGGAAGGGCAGCGCAGUCUUUUCCUUCGUUUCGGCCGGAAAUUGAUGGAUGAAGACAUAAAAGCCCUCUAGCUGGCCGUAAAUGAUGAUGGCGGUUCUGCUGUUUUCUUAAGUCCUCCUCGUUCUGUGUAUAAGGUCUAAGCGGUGAUGGCCUAUCUUCUUUUGCUCUUCUUCUGUCGGUUCUGCUGAGUGGUGGUGAUAACAAAGAGGCCAGUUUAAAUCGUCUCUUUCCAUUUGACUUCAAUCCGUAGUUAAGAAAGUUGGUCCCGAAGAUGAAGAUCCAGUGUGAUGUGUGCAGCAAGGAGGAGGCCUCCCUCUUCUGCUGCGCCGACGAAGCUGCGCUCUGCAAGGCAUGUGACCAGCGCGUCCAUCAUGCCAACAAGCUCGCCGGAAAGCACCAACGCCUUCCUCUCCACCUGCCCCCCUCUUCCAAGCAGUCUCCUCUAUGUGAUAUCUGCAAGGAGAGGCGGGCCUUCCUUUUCUGCCAAGAAGACCGAGCGAUUCUCUGCCGAGAUUGCGACAUCCCAAUUCACACUGCCAACGAAUUGACUGCUAAGCACAACAGGUUCCUCCUCACCGGCAUCAAGCUCCUAGCCCCAUCUGAUACCGAGCCCUCCGUAGUUGAAUCGGUCGUGAAGCCCACCAUCGUUCCCAAAGUCUCCGCGGCCCCGCCUGCGAAAGCUCUUCAGUCCCCGGCGCCGGCGUCAGGGAAUGGCAAUGAGAAGAACGAAAUUGGUUGCACCACCAGCAUUUCAGACUACUUGAUCAAGACCAUACCUGGUUGGCACGUCGAAGACUUUCUCGACAGCGUGGGAACCGGGUUCCCGGACGCCAUUGAUUUGCCUUCAGUCGAUGGGUUGUGUAAGACAGAGGAGAUGUUGAAAUACAUGGAGCCAAACUUCAGUGGUGAUUUUGGCUAUGGAGGCCCUAUUCUGCAUAACCAAGUUUUCCAAGUUCCAGAUAUUCCAGUUCCUGCUCAGAGUUUAAAUGAGCUUAUGAACUGUUACCGACGAGGCAUGAAUGUGAAACCCUUAAACAAUUUAAGGGAUGUAGAUCUUUUGAAGGCUCAAAUGUUAUACAACGACGAUGGAUUUACUGUUCCCCAGAUCAGCCCGCCCGGCAAAAGGGGAAGAUGGUGUUGACUACACCUCCGUCUCUCUCUUCUACGAGGGGUUGCAGCGUGCAAGUAGUCCUUGUACUGGUUUUUGCCUCUCUUUCUCUCUCCUCUCUCUCUCUCUCUCUAUCUCUCUCUGAGGUUGGUGUACUGGUCUUACUAGUUUUUUACCCCUCUUCUACAGCUUGUUUUGUUUCCUUCUUCAAGGAGACUGUUGUAAAUAUGCAGGCCUUUGCAGUUCUGCUGGUA